GCAAACCGUGAGUUUUUUUUGCUGCUGGACUGAUGAGUCUGUUGGCCCACACGUGUUAGGGGCUUAUCUAUGUUUUAAAAGAGACUCAAACUAGUCUACUGCUAAAGUGAGUUCGGUUCAGAUUCUGAAAGACUCGCUUGAACUCUUCUUUCAUCUGUGAUUGUUGAUUCACAAACUCCAGCAGCAUCUCUAGUGUUAGCAGCUAGCAGCAGCAGAAGGCUAAAAGUACCGGGUAACACACCGGGCAGCUCUUAUCUACGGGUCACCACACACUGAGAUGUGAGAGAAACCUGCGUUGCCCAGAAAUACUACCUGACUAAGCAAGUCGGAUUUUGUUUUCGUAGUUUUACGUGCUUUUAUUUCACUAAACAUCAUUAAAUUGUAUCAUGGGGGCUUACUUGUCUCAACCCAACACGGAGAAGAGCACGGCCAACGGCGGGAAUAAGAAUAUGCUCUAUGGCUUCGCGGCCAUGCAGGGCUGGAGAGUGUCUAUGGAGGACGCCCACAAUUGUAUCCCGGAGUUAGAUGACGAGACUGCUAUGUUUGCUGUCUAUGAUGGCCAUGGAGGUGAAGAGGUUGCUUUGUAUUGCUCCAAGUACUUGCCUGACAUCAUUAAAGAGCAGAAGACAUAUAAGGAUGGCAAGCUGCAAAAGGCUCUUGAGGAUGCCUUCCUGGCUUUAGAUAGCCGAAUCACCACUGAAGAAGUUAUCAAGGAGCUUGUUCAGAUCGCUGGGCGUCCUCAGGGAGAAACUGAGAAAGUAGCUGAUGAAGAUGAUGUCGAUAAUGAAGAAGCAGCUCUACUGCAUGAAGAGGCCACCAUGACAAUAGAGGAGCUGCUUAUCCGCUAUGGACAGAACCUGAACAAAAGUGCCAAAAAAACAUGUCAUGAUGCCUCUAUAGAGUCCGAGGACAGCGAGAAGCCUUGCGCAGAGACUGGAAUCAACGGUAAGCAAGAAUGUGGGGCUUCUGAAGCCGACAGCAAUGGGAAGAAGGCAGGUGGUGCUGUAAGUGCGGCUGAAGGUUCUAAGAUGAGGGCCUGCAGAAGAGCAGCAGCCUCCAGUGGUGGAAGUGGCUCUGCUUCUGAAGGAUCUGCUGGGGAUGCUGGACCUUCCUGUUCCUCCUCUGAAGCUCCUGCUCCAGGAAGUGCCAAAUCCAAGUUUUUUGAGGACAGCGAUGAGUCUGAGGAGGGAGAAGGUGAAGAAGAGGAGGGUAGCGAUGGAGAGAACUGCAGUGAGGAUGAGGAUGGUGAGAACAGCAGUGAGAACGAUGAAGAGGAUGACACAGAAGAAGGGGAGGAAGAGGACUCUGAUGAAGAGGAGGAAAUGUGCCUGCCCGGCAUGGAUGGGAAAGAAGAGCCAGGUUCAGACAGCGGGACCACAGCUGUAGUUGCUCUCAUCCGGGGAAAGCAGCUCAUCGUGGCCAAUGCUGGAGAUUCCAGGUGUGUGGUGUCUGAGAAGGGGAAGGCAGUGGACAUGUCCUACGACCACAAACCAGAGGACGAGCUUGAGCUGGCUAGAAUAAAGAAUGCUGGGGGGAAGGUGACGAUGGACGGUCGUGUCAAUGGAGGCCUGAACCUUUCCAGAGCUAUCGGUGAUCACUUUUACAAAAGGAACAAGGCUCUUCCUCCAGAGGAACAGAUGAUCUCAGCAUUACCUGAUAUUAAAGUGCUGACACUCAAUGAAGACCAUGAGUUUAUGGUUAUUGCCUGUGAUGGCAUCUGGAAUGUAAUGAGCAGUCAGGAAGUGGUGGACUUUAUAAAUGAGAGACUCAAAACUGACAGCGGUAAAAACGGACCCUUGUCUGCCAUUAUUGAGGAGCUGCUGGACCACUGCUUGGCACCAGACACGUCAGGGGAUGGCACAGGAUGUGACAACAUGACCUGUAUGAUUAUCACCUUCUCUCCACACCUUGGGAAUGAAAUGGCUGAGGGCACCAAGAAGCGAAAGCCAGACGAAACCACGGCAGAGGAAAAUGGCAGCGACAGCAAAAAAGCCAAAAUUAAAUAGAUUGGCUGUCAUUGAAAGUGCUGUUUUUUUUUUUUUUUUUUUUGAGGACACUUUCCCCUUUUGAAUUCAGACCACAUGGGAAAAUUUUAAGGAUAGCUCCCUUAAGAGCGUUUUAGUUUUAAACAAUUCAACUAGAACUGUUAAUCAGCUAUUCUGUACUUUUGGUUUUUGUUAUGAUUUGUUCAGAAGGUCCAUAAACAUUUACUUGUUGAUAAUGGAAUAAACAUGGCAGUAUGUAAGACAAGGUAAUGAAUGAGCUUGUGCACUUUGUCUAGUCCUUCAAACCCUUGUUUAUGUACAUAGUGUGUUUUCCAAAAACUGUCAUCUUUGUUUUGAUUUUUCUUGUUUUAAUAGAGGAUCAUUGUGAGUAUUUGUGACAUUUUUCUCUUGACACCAGUAUGUGAUGAAUCAAACUAAAGAGAUACUGGUCUAUUUUCCCUCAUAAAGCCAUAGGAUAUACCCAGAUAAGGAUAUACUCCUGUUGAAACGCUCUCCAAGAUGAAAAAUGACAUUCCUUUCUCCCUUGUUACUUGUUAGUAAAGAACCACUUGAUGAGUUUGUUGUCAUUGAUCAUUUUCGUCCGUAAUAAGCUUCUUUCCUUUGGAUCUUAAGAACCAAUUACUACAGUGAUAGAAGGCUAACAUGCCUUAAAUUCUGGAGUGAUUUAAGAAACUGUUUAGUAAACUGCAGUUGGGUAUUUAAGGUCCUCACUGCAAAAGGACCUUUCUGUUUUGAUUUUCUGAUCAUCUGGUCUUGAAGAAUCCAUCUAAUUCUCUGAGGUUUAUAUACAACGUAUUUUGGAAUAUAGAUUUUGGUACUUUUUCAGAACACCUUGGGUUGUACAGGGAAAAAAGUCAUUGCUCAAAAUUUCAGCUGUUUUCUGUGUCAAUAAACAAGUGGAGACAAAUACAC